GGGGGUAAAGAGCAAAAAUGAGCAGAGUGCUUUGUAAAUCACUCAUCCCUUCAUUACUUUCUUCUUCUUCUUCCUUUUCUGCUCAGUUCAGAUUCACAUACUUUCCAACUUCUUCGUCUUCAUCAUCUCCUAGGGUUUCUCGUAUGGCAACCGAAGCUUCAUCUUCAUCUUCAUCGUCGUCAUCUGCAUCUCCGUCUCCUUCGUCUGCCAUCGAUUUUUUAACCCUUUGUCACCGCCUCAAGACAACAAAGAGAGAAGGUUGGGUACGUAGAGGGGUUAAUAAUCCCGAGUCUAUAGCUGAUCACAUGUACCGUAUGGGAGUAAUGGCUCUUAUUGCUGCUGACCUUCCUGGAGUUGAUCGUGACAAGUGUGUUAAGAUGGCAAUCGUGCAUGACAUUGCAGAAGCAAUUGUUGGAGAUAUCACUCCUGCUGAUGGGAUUCCAAAGGAUGAAAAGAGUAGACGAGAGCGAGCAGCACUAGAAGACAUGUGUAAACUUUUAGGUGGAGGAUCCCGAGCCAAGGAGAUCAGUGACUUGUGGAUGGAAUAUGAAGAAAAUUCAUCUUUAGAAGCCAAAGUUGUAAAGGACUUCGACAAGGUGGAGAUGAUACUUCAGGCAUUGGAAUAUGAAAAUGAACAAGGGAAGGAUUUGGAAGAAUUUUUUCAGUCAACUGCAGGUAAGUUCCAAACAGAGGUGGGCAAAGCUUGGGCUUCAGAGGUAGCAUCAAGAAGAAAGAAAUCCAAUUGAAUUGUUGUGGUAGUCAAAGCUGGAUAACAAUUUGCACCAGUUGUAUUGCUGAUGACCCAAAUUCUAAAGGUUACAGGAUCACUUGAAAUAGAAGGGUUCUUACAAGUUGCAGCAGGAACGUUUAGCCCCAUGGAUUCUCUCAACUUUAAAAGAAACGUUUGCAUAUUUGUUUUGCCUUUUUGCUUUUAAAAGUUCUGCAAUUAGGAAAAUGCUAAACUUUGGUGAUUUCAGAUUUUUUUUUUCAUUCCCACAACUCAAAUCU